UCUCAUCAAACCCAAACAACGACAUUUUUCCCUCUCUAGGCUCACUUACCUUUUUCUUGAACCACUUUUCCCACAACGAAUAGGAUUAUAGGACCUUCACCUACCUUAAUGCCUCUCCCUUUUCUUUGAAAUUUCAAAUUUAAAAAAAUGGAUACUUACUUUUUCUGUUAAACAGCCAUUUCUAUUUUCAACAAGCAUGUAAAAUUCUGGGUUUCUCCACUACAAAAAACAAAAAAGUUGAGAAUUGCAGCAAAUUAAGAAACAUGGCUGAGUCUACUUGUGUUGUGCAUCCUUUCUCUUACACCAUGCCUACCUUCUCCAAUGAAACUCAUGAGGAAAAUCCAAUGUAUGGAAUGGGAGAAUCAAUUUCAUUUGGAAGAUACGUUUGUGAAGAAUUGGAUUGGGAAAAGUGGUCAUCAUUUGACAGUAAUAAUAAUAAUAAUAACAGGAAUCGUUAUGUGAAAGAGGCUGAAAAAUACUCAAAACCAGGCUCAGUUGCCCAGAAGAAGGCUUAUUUUGAAGCUCAUUUCAAGAGAAUGGCAGCUCUUAAGGCUGCAGCUUUACUCGAGCAGGCCAACAGUGCUGAAACUACAUCUACUACUGAAAAUGUUAAUCUGCAGGUUGAAGUAAGUAAUUUCGAGCAGGAUGAAAUUGUUCCCAAAGAAGGUGAUAAGAGUGAUGCAGGGGAAUUUGUAGUUCACCAGAAUGAACUUUACUUAAUUGGUGUUGAUGUUGAAGAAGAGAAUGGUAAUGAGGCCAAAGAAGUAAUUCCACCACCACCGGAUCGAAAACCCGACAAAAUUGAGCUUUACUUAGCUUCUAACAAGGGUGAAAAUUGCAAGCCAAGCAAUGGGAUUCCCCAGAUGGACAAACCUGUCUUGCAGAAAGAUUAUGUAAACCAAGAAGCAUCUGCAGCAGUAAUCAAAAGGAAUCCACCACUUUCAUCCUACAUACCAUCUCCUGCUAGAUCUGCUAAUGUAAUUCAUCCUGGCAAAGAAAACUACGCCACUCCUGUGAAAAACAAGUCUUCUGCAAGUUCUGUUGGUGAUCCUGAUAAAAAGAAAACUCCUCUUCGCAUGUCCAUAAACCGAGAACUCAACAGAAUCAUGUCACCAGUUAUUAAGAAACUUGGAAGUUCAUCAAAGGCUUCCAAAGAUUGCGCCAACGCCCCCUCGAAAACUCCUGCCAAGGCUUCUGCAAACAGUGCACCACAGCUUCCUCCCAUGACUCCAGAUUUGUCGAAAAGAGUUAUUUCCGAUUCUCCAAGAACUGGCAGGAACAAGAUAAGUUCACCCAUUAUUCCCAAUUCUUUUUGCCUGAGGAGUGCAGACAGAACUGCAAGAAGAAAGCAGAAGCUGGAAGAUAAGUUCAAUGCUAUGGCUACCGAAAAGGCACCUCAACCGUUAAAAUUCAAGGAAAAAGCAGAAGCAGAACUUAACAAAUUCAGACAAAGCUUUUGCUUCAAAUCUAUGUCUUCUCCUGACUAUUAUGCAGACAACGGAACAUUCAGUAGCCCUAAACAGAAGAACGAGUCUACACAUCGUAAGUCCCCCAGCGGAGGAAAACACGCUAACAGAACGACAACUCAAAAUAAGAGUGCAUUACCUCCAAGAAGGCCUUCAAUGAAACAAUUUGGGUUGAAGAGUAGUAAAACAACCACUCAUAUACCCGUCUAACAAUAGCAAAUUAUAACAAGAAUUUGGGUCAAGCGUUUGAAAUUGACAACAGAUUAGUGAUAUUGAAGAACUUCAAUAACAUGUAUAUAUAAGAAGUUUGGGCUAGCCAUCAAUUUGUUUUAUCAGAGUGCUGUCAUUUUACAUUCUUUCAGGUUCUGCAAGUUUUUCUAACGCCAUAAGUUGCACAUAUGUAUUCUUUCUGAAUCAGAUUGUUAUAUAGAAGAUUCUAUUAAUGACUGUAUUAGUUUACCA